AUGGCGGCGGGGUGGAGAUCGGCGAUACUCCGGCAACUGAGGGUUCCGGUGAGACCGGCGCUGGCGCCGGCGAUGGAGCGGCGGUCGUGGAUCGGAGCGGUGAGGUGGUCCGGCAUCAGGUUCCUCUCCUCCGGGGACGACCACCUGGACAAGCAGGAGAUCAUCGAUCGGGUCCUCUCCGUCGUCAGGAGCUACCCCGGCGUCGAAUCCUCCAAGGUUCGCCCCUAUUCUCCUCCUCAGUAGCCUUGCUUCCUGCCGGCGCCGCAGCUGCCGCUGGUGGUUCCGCUGAUCUCACUGCGAGAAAACCCUAGGGUUUCUUCCUUUUUCAUCUCUGGUCCUCAUCGAAGUACUAUGCGCGGCGCACAGGUUACUCCCGACUGCCACUUCCAGAAGGAUCUCGGUCUCGACAGCCUGGAUGUCGUGGAGAUCGUGAUGGCAUUGGAGGAGGAGUUCAAGCUGGAGAUCCCGGACAAGGAGGCCGACAAGAUCGACUCCUGCGGCAUCGCCGUCGAGUACAUCUCCUCGCAUCCGAUGGCGAGCUAG